AUGGCCAAUCCAAGUGAGAGACGUCCGCUCGGACCUGGUGUUUACGGUCCUCUCCCCACAUUUUUCGAUGACAAUCAAGAGCUAGACUUUGUCAGUUACAAGAAGCAUCUUUUGAAUCUAGCAACCAAGGGCAUUGUGCCCGUCUGUGCUGGCUCACUAGGAGAAGCUGUACAUUUGAGCUAUGAUGAGCGUAUAACUCUUAUACGGUUCAUCAGAAAAACUCUUGAUGAAGCUGGCCUCACAUCAACACCGAUUGUUGCCGGCGUAGGAGGGUCGAGCACUAGAGAGACAAUUGGGCUAGCGAAGGCCGCAGCUGAAGCCGGAGCAGAUGCAGGAAUGGUAAUUCUGCCGGCUUAUUAUGCAGCCAGUCUCAAUGCAGACCAAGGUCAGGUAAUUCAGUACUAUAUUGAUAUUUGCGAGGGUUCGCCGAUUCCCUUGCUGCUGUAUAACUUUCCUGCAAAUGCUGGCGGGCAAGACAUGUCUUCAGCGGUGAUUACGGAAAUAAUGAAGAGAGCGCCAAAUCUGUGCGGUGUUAAACUCACGUGUGGUGGAAGCGUAGGAAAGCUUGUUCGACUAAAGGCGGCAAUCCAAGAGGACCCUGCCAUGAACAACAGUCGCCCUUUCCCAGUUAUCCUCCUUGACGGCCUCAUCGCCGAUCUUACGCCUUGGGCUCAGUGUGGAGGCCACGGAACCGUGAGCGGCAUACCGAAUUUUGCUCCACGUGCGACUAUGAAGCUAUGGAAAUUUUGCACCAAUCCCUCUCCAACUGAAAAGGAGGUCAAAGAGGCAGCUAGAAUCCAGUCGAUUCUUUCAAAUUCCGACGUGGCAGCGGUCCCGGCGGGUAUUAGAGGCAUGAAGUUCGCCUUGAAUAAGAUGCAUGGCUAUGGUAUAGCCCCUCGUAAGCCUCUUUUACCGCUUAAGGAGUCUGAGGGAGAGUUAUUUAUGUCGGCUUUGCGUGAAACGUUAGAGUUGGAGGCUGAGCUAGAGAGGGAGGAGGCAUGA